AGCCGUUUUGGCUCAAGCCACCGCCCAUCAAGCCAGCCAGCGCCGGGAACGGAGCCCAAUCGCGACCACCAUAAGCCGCAAUGGUCAAGAUCAGUGUGCUCCGUGACUGCCUGAACGGAAUCGUUAAUGCGGAGAAGCGCGGGAAGCGCCAGGUGCUCGUCAGGCCCAACUCGAAAGUGAUCAUCAAGUUCCUGCAGGUGAUGCAGAAGAAGGGCUACAUCGGCGACCUGGAGAUCAUCGACGACCACCGCGCCGGCAAGGUGGUAGUGGACCUCAUCGGCAGGAUCAACAAGUGCGGCGUGAUCUCGCCCCGCUUCGACGUGGCGCUCGGCGGCAUCGAGCAGAUUGCGAGCGACCUCCUGCCGUCGCGCCAGUUCGGCCACGUCGUGCUGACCACGCCCUACGGCAUCAUGGACCAGGAGGAGGCCCGCAGGAAGCACACGGGCGGGAAGAUCCUCGGCUUCUUCUUCUGAGGGGGGCCGGCCGCUGUGGUGCGCGUUGGCGCGCCUGGGCACGGCUCGAGGAGAAGCGCAAAAACA